AUGGCAAACCCUAGAAGAGUAGUGAUCGAGAACCAGAGAUUGUCACCUUUAAUCAACCUACUGAAGAAGCCUCAAGCGAUUCCUCUGCUUCUCUCGUUGUUCCUCUUGCUCACAUGGAUCUCCCUCAGGUUACAACACUCUUCACAAUCACACGUCUCUUCGUCCUCUUCACAUCCGAAAUCGACGGUAAAUAGUCAUCCCGAUUUGAAAGUUUACGACGACGACGAUAAGGCUAAUUUGGUCCGGUUCGGUUUGGCGUCGCUUUCUCCUGCUCGGAAAGACGACCGUGGUUGGUUGCUUGAUCCCGUUAUCCUUGCUCGUGAUUCUGAGCUCAAAGGUGGAGCCGCAUCGUGUGUUUCCAUUCAUGUUGGUGAAAUACGGCCUGGUGGAUUGAGGGGAAACCAUAGACACCAUACCUGUAAUGAGACGUUUGUCAUAUGGGGAGCCAAGACAAAAUUCAGGGUAAGUCUCAUCAUCCAUCUCAUUGAUUGAAACAUAAUGGAAGAGUUAUAGUCUGUUGAACACCUCUAACAGAAAGGAAUUUCUGUUUUUGCUUAUCUAAGUAUCCAAUGCUUCAUUGAAUGGUAUGUGAUAACUCUUGGUAAAGAAGGUGGAAAGGAGAGUUCAGAGUUUUUCCUAAUGCUAUGCCAACUUAACUAAACCUGUGUGACAUGAUGUGUGUAAGUAGAGGUUUGAACAGCUGCAGGAGCAGGCUUAUCUUUGGUUGGUUUGAGGGUUUGGGAGUGUUUAAGGUGUCUAGACAAACUCUAGAUUUCAGUUCCUUUGAUGUGGUUUUCUGAUUUUUUGUCUUAGAUUCUGCGUUGGGACUCUUUUUAUUGAGAUAAAGGUGAAAAUCACUUCUGAAUCUAUCAUAAAGAUGUUCUUGACUAUUGGACUAAUAUCAUCAGUCAUUUACUCACGGAUCACUGAACCACUAAUCACUGUCUAAGAAUGAAAAAUCGAGUUUCUUCCAUUAAGAUGUUUAGUAAUGUGACUAAGUGGGCUUAUCUUACUUGUUUGAACCUUUUUCCUGUGAUGAUUGUGCCCUGGUUUUCCAUUUCUUUACUGCUCUCGGGUCAAGAUGAACCAAAAUCAUCAAUCAAACAUUGUUUAUGGACAAACCUAUAUGAAUGCAGCUGGAAAACCACGAAGUCGAUAAAGGUUACGCCGAAGUGUUAAUUGGAGAGGAUGAGGUAGCUGUAGCUGUUAGUCAGAGUGGCACGGCUCAUGCUCUAGUAAAUGUAGAUCCUGUGCGUUCUACUUUCUUCAUAGGCUGCCAAGACCAUAUGCAGAACAACAGCUCAACUAGCGACUACAAAGUAUGGAAUGAUCUAUAAACCAAAGUGGGUUAGUUUAGUUUCUCUUGUUCAUUCAAAUUUUCAUUGGCUUUUCUUUCUUUCGAGCCCUUAUUUGUAUAGAGUAGGCUUUGUUUUGACUGGUCAGUCAUAUUGUUACUGAGAUUAUAAACCUGAAACUUCCAAUGUUGUGUUCAUUGAUAUGAUGGUAAGAUUAGUCUGAUCAGUGAGAAUCAAUUCGUAUGUAGAGUUUGUUGUUUCUUCACAGCUGAAUGUGCAAUGCAUGUCUUUCUAAAAAAAUCUUAUUGCAAUUUGCCAACUCAGCACUGUAAUCAAUCA